UUGAAGAAAUAUUUUUGCUAAUAUAUUUUCGGCUCGUAUUGUGCCUGUUUGAAUGCUCUUCAAACUAAGUCAGAGAGCCGUUUCUCUCCACCUCGGCUUGUUUUGGGGGCAUUUGGGUGUACCUCCAGCAGGGAGCGGCUGUAGAGCCAGUUGCUCCGCGGCGACGGCUCACUGCGUGGCGGUUUCCGGUGUCCGUCCGUCUGCAGGAGGAUGGCGUCCGGCUUCAACCGCAUCCCCUCCACUGCCGGUCCUCCGAGUCCUAAAUACACCGAAGGCUGUCGAACUCAGGCUGAAGACGUCAGUGAAAACCAUCGAUAAGCGGCUCCAGUUUUCCCUCCUAUCUCAAUGGACGUGCAUAAACACAGAUAUAAAACUCAGCAACUCUGUGUAUUGGUUACCAUUUCUUAAAACACAUCACCUUCUUCCGUUCAGCACUGAACCCCCCCCCUCAUCUGCUGAGAGCUGAAUCCCUUCAUGCGAAGUGGAAGAAUGACGGAGGCGUGGCAGCAGCAGCAGCAGCAGCAACAUGCAGUGGCUCCACCCUCUGUUGUACACACGCUACCCCAAGGAACUGACAACCCUCUGGGCUGCACUGUGUAUGGAGUCGUCCUGCAGCCAGACACUUCCCUGCAGGUGGCCCAGCAUGGCCAGCAGCACUCUGUCCAAGCCCAGCAGCCCUCUUUACAGGUAGGGGGCGAGAGAGGGCACAAGUGUGGAGCCUGUGGCCAUGACAUAUCUCACCUGGCCAAUCCUCAUGAGCACCAGUGCAUGGUGAACCAAGACAGAUCCUUCCAGUGUACCCAGUGUAUGAAGAUAUUCAGCCAGGCGACGGACCUGCUGGAGCAUCAGUGUGUGCAGGUGGAGCAGAAGCCGUUUGUAUGUGGUGUGUGUAAGAUGGGCUUCUCUUUGCUCACCUCCUUGGCCCAGCAUCACAACUCGCAUGGCAAUGGAAACAACCCAAUGAAGUGCUCCAUCUGUGAGAAAACGUACCGGCCGGGUUCUGGAAACGUCACCCCAACCUCGUCAGCUGCCAACCCCCAGCAGCCCUCCACUGGUGAAACGUCCAGUGGCGGUGCAGCAAUCAGUGCCUCGUCUCCUCCUGCGUUUGAGGCCUCUGCACCAGACCGGCCAUAUAAGUGCUCCGUGUGCCAUAAGUCCUUCCGGCAUUUGUCAGAGCUGACCCGCCACGAGAGAGUACACACUGGUGAAAAGCCCUACAAAUGUGACACUUGUGAUAAAAGUUUCAGCCAGUCGUCACAUCUGGCGCACCACCAGCGUACGCACAGCUCAGAGCGGCCGUAUAAAUGUGCCGUGUGCGAGAAGAGCUUUAAGCACCGCUCUCACCUCGUGCGGCACAUGUACGCUCACUCCGGCGAGCACCUUUUCAAGUGCAAUUUGUGUGAGAUGCACUUCAAGGAGUCGUCCGAGCUCCUGCACCACCAGUGCCAGCCAGAAGGGGAGAGACCUUUCCGCUGCGGUUCUUGUGGAAAGAGCUUCAAGCGCCCAUCUGACCUGCGGCAGCACGAACGCACUCACUCAGAGGAGCGACCUUUCCAGUGCGAGGAGUGCCAGAUGAGCUUCAAACAGCAGUAUGCUCUCGUACGCCACCGUCGCACUCACAAAAAUCCAGCCGAUCGCCCUUUCAAGUGUAACCUCUGUGAUAAGGGGUUCCUUCAGCCAUCCCACCUGCUCUACCACCAGCAGGUGCACGGUAUGGAAAGUCUGUUUAAGUGCGCGUCCUGCCAGAAGUCUUUCAGCCAAUCAGGAGAACUGCUGAGGCACAAAUGUGGCGGCGAGGUGGAGAAGCCCUACAAGUGCGACGUGUGCGGCAAAGGUUACAAAAAGAAUUCAACGCUGCAGCGCCACCAAAACUCUCAUUGCACAGAGAAGCCGCUGAAAUGCUCCCUGUGCGACAAGCGCUUUGUGUCGUCCUCCGAGUUCGUGCAGCACCGCUGCGACCCGACCCGCGAGAAGCCGCUGAAAUGUCCCGACUGUGAAAAGCGAUUCAGGUACUCGUCCGAGCUGCAGCGCCAUCGCCGAGUGCACACCGGGGAGAAGCCUUUCAAGUGCGCCAGCUGUGACAAGAGCUUCAAACAGCGCGAGCACCUGGCCAAGCACCAGAGCGUGCACUCGCGGGAGACGCAGUUUAAGUGUGUGUGGUGCGGAGAGCGUUUUGUUGACCUCACAGCUCUGCAGGAGCACACAGUCCAGCACACUGCUGAGGGGGAGAGCUUCCCUGAAGCGCAGUGCAUCCCAUGAAUCGAACUGCUCUUAAGACCUGGGCAGCAAACAUGACAUUCACCUUCAAAAGCAACGUGUGCCAGCCUCCGCUCUCCCAUUUGUAGGUUAGAACAUGCACCCAUUAAUUAUGUUAAACGAUUCUUAGUUUCAAGACUCUACUCACCCUCAUCCUUUUGUUGAGUAAAAACUCAAACACCCGAAAUCAGUAGAGGCGAUUCAGGAUCCCUCGUCUUAUUUUCGAACACAUGGAAAAAAUCUUGAACAGAAUGAAAAAGGCAUGAAAUGUGUGAAGACCUCGGUUUAGUUUAGUGCUGAGUGUGGGACCUUUUUCUGUGGUUGCAUGUGAUGGUUUGUUUUGUAACUGUUGAUUGUUGUUGAGAAAGAUGGACAGAACUUCCAGACAGUCGUCAGAUGUGUGUGCUCAUGUGUAAGCUCCUCAGAAAAUCCAUGUGCCUUUUUUUACCGAUCACUUAAUUUUGUGUUUUCAUUCAUUUCAUGUCCACUUUAGCCGAAAACUCCCUCCCAUCGAAUACACGGCUGGCUUGUGCAGCAGUAUCUUUUCACAUACUAGAUCUUAGGUAGUAUCAUCUGUUUGUGCAUGAAUAUUUAUCACACUUUAAUGUCACUGUUGUAUUAUAGGUUUGGUUUAUUUAGGAAAACAUCCUAAGAAGAAGAAGAAGGAAAAAAAAAGUGGAUUUGUGUAAAUGUAUAGCCCGUGUCCUAUGAAAUCUGUGUUCUUGCAUCUUUGUAUUAAAACAAAUGGCAUCUAGGUAACAAACCCAUACCUAUCAUGUCAUACAAACACUUGACAUGUGCAAUAGAACAUGCACAAUGUAAUAUUUAUGACUACUGAUUCAUGGCAUAGUCUUCUGUUAUAUUAUAGAUUGUGUGUAUAUGCUUAUGUAAACAUUGAAAACUGUAUAGUGCUUAUGUUACCUGCUUUUGUAUUCACUAUGAAUGAGCUUGCAGUAUUUUGCAAGUACUUUUAGUUGCAGUUCCAGGUGGAUUAUCACAAGUUUUAACCCAACAGGACUUCAAAGCAUUGCUCACUUGCCACAAACUAGCUGCAUUAGUUACUGUUACUGUGCGAUAGAUUUAACAAAAGUAAUAUUUUUGUUCUUGUUUUGAAAGAGAGAAUUGGCCUUGUAACAUCCUCACGGGUUCCUAGCCUCGUCCCGGUCUAGACUGGACCUUCAGCAGAUUAAUCCGAGUAGCCUCAAAAUUGCAAUGUAUGUGUUGGUUAAUGCCAGCACGUUAAGUGAAACAGUUGUGUAUUUUAGUUUAAUGUGUGGAUUUCUAUAUUGACAAUAUUUGCAGUAUAUUAAAAAGAAGGUUUUUUGGAGUUUAAAAAUCUUGGGCAAAGGGAAUGACAGCGGGUGGGAUGGGGCUGUGUUGUUGUGCGAUGGUUUAAGUCCUGGUAAGUCUGCUUCAAAACCUCCUGUUGGAGGUGGACGAGUGUAUGAAGCGUUGUAUUAUUUACACAUAUGGAUAUCAAUAUAGACACCUGUUCAUACUGUAUACAGACAAUUAAAAUAAACCACCCUUAUGAAA